GGCAGCCCAUUGGUCAUGGAUCCCAACAGCAUCUGUCGGAAGACCAAGCGGCUGGCAGGGAAACAGGCUGAGUUGUGCCAGACGGAACCUGAGAUUGUACAAGAAGUCGCCAAAGGAGCCAGACUGGGUGUGCGUGAGUGCCAGUACCAAUUCCGUUUUCGUCGUUGGAACUGCACCAGCCACAGCAAAUAUUUUGGGAAGAUCCUACAACAGGAUAUCCGGGAGACAGCCUUUGUCUAUGCCAUCACAGCAGCUGGCGUUAGCCAUGCUGUCACCCAGGCCUGCAGCAUGGGUGAUCUGCUGCAGUGUGGCUGCGAGGCAAUUCGGAGCAGGGCACCUCCUCUGCCACCUGCCGUCAUGGGAUCCGAGAGCUCUGCUUGGGAAUGGGGUGGCUGUGGGGAUGAUGUUGACUUUGGCUAUGAGAAAUCCCGGCAGUUCAUGGAUGCUAAGCGCAAGCGUGGCAAAAGUGACAUUCGAACUCUUAUUGACCUGCACAACAAUGAAGCAGGGAGACUGGCAGUGAAGAACCACAUGCGGACAGAGUGCAAGUGUCAUGGCCUUUCAGGUUCCUGUGCCUUGCGCACCUGUUGGAAGAAGAUGCCUCCUUUCCGGGAAGUGGGUGACCGCCUGCUUGAACGUUUUAAUGGGGCUUUUAAAGUGAUGGGUGGCAACGAUGGCAAAACACUCAUCCCUGUGGGUUGGAACAUGAAACCCCCUGACCGGCAGGACCUCAUCUAUUCUGCUGACUCACCUGACUUCUGCAUUGCUAACCGCAAGACAGGCUCGUUGGGCACACGUGGGCGAGUGUGCAAUAGCACUGCCAUGGACAUGAGUGGCUGUGACCUGCUCUGCUGUGGACGGGGUCAUCGUGAGGAAACACUGCUCCUGGAAGAGAACUGCCUUUGCCGAUUUCAUUGGUGCUGUGUAGUUCAGUGCCGGAAGUGCACUGUGCGCAAAGAGCUCAGUUUAUGUAUUUGAGCGGGUAUAGGAAGAACAUUGAAGAAGGAUGACCCAAAGCAGAAGGACAGGAAUGUACCCAGCCUGCCACAGAAUCCCAAGAAAACAAGCAUCGCCAAGCUGUUUAGGGUAUGGGGGCAUCAAGGUCAUCUAGCUGGAAUCGGAGUAAUAUGCUAGAGAGACAGUCCAUUUUGGAUUCUCAGAGCAGGUUUUUUGUUGGUGGCUAAUAUUGUUCCUAGCACUUGACUACAACUUCCUUGUAUCAACUGCUUGGCAUCUAGCACCAGGCUAUGGUUUCAGAAGGUCCUACUACUCCUUGCUACACUUGACAUGUACUGAAAAUGGGGGAUCCUGCCUUACCUGAUACUCUCAUGAUGAUUUCCAGCAGCUUGGUCCUAUCUAGGCCUCUCACUAUGGAUUAUGAACUGAUUCCCUAGAGACUAGAGAGAGAGAUGCUGUGUUUCACUUAUUAAUGGAUUUUUAAUGUGUUUAAGAGGACAGCAGAGAUUUCUUAUCCAAUCACCCCACCCCUUAAACUCCUUUACUUCCCUUUGGGCUGCCAUUUUUUUUUACAAUAAUAAAGUUAUUUAACUCAUUUUUUCAAGUGUGAUUCAAGAAGUGAUUACAAGUGCAAUUAAUAUUGAUUAGUAAGUAACUUAAUUACUCAUUUUGUUCUAUUGUUCAUCCAAGUAGAAUGGUUAAAUGAUAUAAAAGUGGUUUUUUUCUCCCUGAAAUUAUGUCCUUAAAUUAUCUUGGGAAUACAUCUUACAGCAAAGAUGGGAAACCUUUAGGACUAAAAAAAAAAAAGUGGAAAAAAAAUCAUCCUUACUUGUGUUAACAAAUGGGAGAACCGUUUAUUGCAGAUUGAUCUCUAAUAAUAGUUCUUGGGGAAUUAGAAAUGUUAGAGCUGGAUUGUAUUAUAUUUAUGGUUAAUGAUGCAUGGAUAGGAUCUGGAUUGAGUUAAUAUCGGUAGAAGAUGGCCCUGAUGGAGACAUCUUUUACCAAGUCAAUGGUCAGACAUGUGCAGCUUAAAGCCUAUUCUAAGAAACUGAUUUGAGAAAACACUUCA